GGGGUUGGCAUCAUCACCCUUGUUUUCGGCUCCAAUCUUACUUACAAGGCAGCUCAACCAUCACCACCCUCACUUGUUUUCAACUUUUGCUUCUCCUCAGCUUCCCUUUUCUUUAUUGUCCAGAGAAUCUGCAAUUUCAAAUCCUCGCCUGCCCUCGUUAUGUUUUAUAAAAUCUAUGGCUUGUAAAGUAUCUCGCAGCCCAGUGGAAGUUGAAGACGGUAUAAAUGAUGAGGCUUGUGAGCUAGUCAAUGGAGUUGAGAUUUCGAUAGGGGAGGGAGAUGACAGCAUCCUUGCUUAUCUUUUCACGGCAGUGAAGAACAACAAUGGAACCGGCUUCUUGUUCUUGUCCGAUAUCUUAGGAUUUGAGGAUUCAUCCACUAGAGAUUUCGUAUAUCGUGUUGCCUGCAACGGUUACAAUGUACUAGUACCGGACUUGUUUCGUGGGGAUCCAUGGGCAAAGGACAGACCAAAGACUUUAUUUGAAGAAUGGCUGGCACAACAAACCCCUGAAAGGAUUGCAAAAGACAUUACAACCUCGAAAAAAUGGAUGAUGGAUGAGUUUGUAGCUGCAGGAAUCUCAAAGAAGCUUGGUAUCAUCGGAUUCUGCUUUGGAAGUGGCCAACUAAUAGAUGCGCUCGCCCAGGACAGGGGUGCCUGUUUUGGCAUUGGGGUUUCAUUCUAUGGGACAAGAAUUGACCCAUCUGUCGUUGCUAAUAUAAAGGUGCCUGUAUUGUUCAUUGUGGGUGACAAUGAUCCAAGUUGUCCGGUCAGUGCCUUGGUAUAA